AUGGGGGAGUCUAUCCCGCUGGCCGCCCCGGUCCCGGUGGAACAGGCGGUGCUGGAGACGUUCUUCUCUCAUCUGGGUAUCUUCUCUUACGACAAGGCCAAGGACAAUGUGGAGAAGGAACGAGAGGCCAACAAGAGCGCGGGGGGCAGCUGGCUGUCGCUGCUGGCGGCAUUGGCCCACCUGGCCGCGGCCGAGAAGGUCUAUCACAGCCUCACCUACUUGGGGCAGAAACUAGGGGGCCAGUCUUUCUUCAGCAGGAAGGAUUCCAUUCGCACCAUCUAUACGUCCCUGCACAACGAGCUGAAGAAGGUGGUGACCGGCCGCGGUGCCUUCGGGGGGACCGCGCCCCACGUGGAGGAGCUCCUUUCGCACCUGUCAGAGCAGCUCUGCUUCUUUGUCCAGGCUCGCACAGAGAUCGCAGACUUCUAUGAAAAGAUGUAUACUCUGAGCACACAGAAGUUCAUCAGUGCCGAAGAGCUCGUUGGCCUUUUGGACACCAUCCUCAAGAAGUACAGCUCCAGGUUUCACCACCCCAUCCUCAGUCCCCUGCAGAGCAGUUUCCAGCUGGAGGCCGACGUCCUGAGCCACCUCCUGAAGGCCCAGGUUCAGGUCUCCGAGUGGAAGUUCCUCCCCUCCUUGGUGAAUUUGCACAGCGCUCACACCAAGCUGCAGACUUGGGGCCAGAUCUUUGAAAAGCAGCGGGAGACCAAGAAACAUCUGUUUGGAGGGCAGUCUCAGAAGGCCGUUCAGCCCCCACACCUUUUCCUUUGGCUGAUGAAACUCAAAAACAUGCUCCUUGCCAAAUUUAGCUUCUAUUUUCACGAGGCCCUGAGCCGACAAACGACUGCUUCAGAAAUGAAAGCGCUGACUGCAAAAGCCAGCCCCGACCUCUUUGGAAAGAUCUCCAGCUUCAUCAGGAAAUACGACGCUGCCAACGUGUCCUUAAUCUUCGACAACCGAGGUUCUGAGAGCUUUCAGGGUCACGGCUAUCACCACCCCCAUUCCUACAGAGAGGCCCCCAAGGGUGUGGAUCAAUAUCCGGCUGUGGUGUCUCUGCCCAGCGACCGGCCUGUCAUGCACUGGCCCAAUGUCAUCAUGAUCAUGACGGACCGCACAGCCGACCUGAACAGCUUGGAGAAAGUGGUCCACUUCUAUGAUGACAAAGUUCAGAGCACCUACUUCCUCACCCGCCCAGAACCUCACUUUACCAUUGUCGUCAUUUUUGAGUCAAAGAAAUCGGAGAGAGACUCCCACUUUAUUUCUUUCCUUAGUGAGAUCUCACUUGCCCUUAAGAACCCCAAGGUCUUUGCAAGUCUAAAACCUGGAUCCAAAGGUUAG